UCACCCUGCACCCCAAGGAUGGAGCCACUGCUGGGGGUCAAAGUUGGCUGUCUAUUUGCCCUGCUGGUCCUCACUCUGCUCUGUGGCCUGAUUCCCAUCUGCUUCAAAUGGUUCAAGAUCGAUGCAGCCACAGGUCGCCACCGCCGAGUGCUCAGCCUUCUAGGCUGCAUUUCUGCCGGGGUUUUCCUGGGAGCAGGGCUUAUGCACAUGACCGCUGAAGCCCUGGAGGGCAUUGAGGCAGAGAUCCAGAGAUUCAUGGAGAAGAACAGGACGGAAAGCAAAGGACAGGCUGAUGAUCCUGAUUCAGCACAUAUGGAGUACCCCUUUGGAGAGCUCGUCAUCUCCCUGGGCUUCUUCCUAAUCUUCCUGCUGGAGUCGGUGGUAUUACAGUGCUGUCCAGGGACCAGUGAAGGCUCGACAGUGCAGGAGGAGUGGGGCGGUGCUCACGUCCUUCAGCUCCACAGCCACGGGGCGCCACCCUCGCCGUCUCAAGGUCCCCUCCGAGCCCUGAUCCUCUUGCUGUCUCUCUCCUUCCACUCCGUGUUUGAAGGGCUCGCUGUGGGGCUGCAGCCAACUGUAGCAUCCACUGUGCAGCUCUGUCUCGCAGUGCUCGCUCACAAGGGGCUGGUGGUGUUUGGUGUAGGACUGCGGCUGGUGCGGAUGGGCACCCCGACACGCUGGGCCGUGUACUCCAUACUGUCCUUAGCUCUCAUGUCACCCCUGGGCCUGGCAGUAGGGCUGGCUGUGGCUCAAGGAGAUGCUGAAGGAGGCCGAGGCUUAGCGCAGGCCGUGUUAGAGGGGGUGGCAGCUGGCACCUUCCUCUAUGUUACCUUCCUGGAAAUUCUGCCCCGGGAGCUAGCUGGUUCUGAAUUCCCUCUGGUUAAAUGGGGCUGUGUAGCUGCUGGGUUUGCCUUCAUGGCUUUUAUUGCCUUGUGGGCCUGA